AUGAGUCUUAUUAAUGGUAUUCUUUUUUCAAGCGUUUUUUUCUUACAAGAGAAUACGAACGAACCAGAUUAUGAUCUCGAUACACGACCCUAUUAUAAAGCAAUUGAAAUGAAAAAACGUUUUGAUGAUUCAGGAAAUUAUUUGAUUGUACAAAAUUUUGUACAAUAUCAAGCAAAUUUAACUAAAAAUGCCGAUAUACUUGCACUUGAUUUACAUACAAAUAUUGCACAACUUCAUCUAUUAUUACAUCAUGCGAAGGUUUGGGAUGGACCAAUAUCAUUAAGUUUAUAUGUUAAAGGUGCACGAGGUAGUGAUGAUAUUGAUUAUGCAUCUAUAUGGCUUCGAUGUAAUCGACGGUCAUUUAAAGUACUCAAUGUUCAUCUUGUUAUCUCGGCUAAAGCUUAUAAAAGCUCAAUAUCCAGUCAACAUAAUUCUCAUAGUGUCAAAUAUGCUGUCAGUUGUCAACACAUCACAUACGUUAAUCAUAGUGACGAAACCGAUUCUACACCCUAUCCAUCCAAUCUUCUUCGUAAUGUAGCUUGUAUAGGCAAUACGCUUCCUUCUGUAAAAUACACUCUUACACUGGAUAUCGAUAUAUUCCCAGCGCCUGAUUUAUUUCAUCAUCUUGUAUCAUUUUAUACGAAAAAAUCGAUGCCAAACGAAAUGUUUAAUCGCACGCUCUACGUCAUUCCAGCAUUUGAAAUUCAUACUGAUACAAUAAAACGUUCUAUUCUAUUACCACAAAAUAAACGGGAAUUAAUUUUACUAUGGAACGAUGAACAUAUUCAACCAUUUCAAAACGAUGUUUGUUCAUCAUGUCAAUUUCUGACCAAUUAUAAAGCAUGGAAACAAGAAACAAAAAACGAUGAAAUUCUACCCAUAUUUCGACCACAUUACUCACUGCCAUGGAAACCCUACUACGUUGGUCCUAAAGAUGUACCUCCGUUUGAUUCACGUUUUAAAGCACAUGCACAUGCAAGAAUAAGUCAAUGUUGCGAAAGCUUUAUGGCUGGCUAUGAUUAUGCUGUAUUGAACAAUGUUUAUCUUUAUCGGUUGGGUUUUCUUGAUAAAUCUCAAUUGCCCAAUACGAAAUUAAUUGAAGACGAUACAUCGUUAUUACUUUUUCAGCAAUUUCAAGAAGAUCUAUUAAAGCGUUAUUCAAAUACAACGAGAAGAUGUUGA